AUGGUACUUUCUACCAAAAACAACUUAUUAACUUUUGAACUUCUCUUCCUGCUCUUCACCACCUCUUGCAGUUCCCAUGAGAACGGCUUCAUGGAAGACCUAGAUAAAACCUGGGUGAGAUACCAGGAGUGUGACUCAAGGAGCAAUGCCCCAGCCACACUCACCUUUGAGAAUAUGGCAGGUGUCUUCAUGCUAGUUGCUGGAGGCAUUGCAGCAGGAAUCUUCCUCAUCUUCAUUGAGAUUGCAUAUAAGCGCCAUAAAGACGCCCGCAGGAAGCAGAUGCAGCUAGCCUUUGCGGCCGUCAACGUUUGGAGGAAGAACCUACAGCCCUCUUCCUCUGUAGAGACUCAGGAUGAUAGGAAAAGUGGUAGAGCAGACAGCGACCCAAAAAAGAAACCCUCUUUUAGGUCCAUCAGUACCACCCUGGCCUCCAGCAUCAAGAGACGUAGGUCCUCCAAAGACACGCAAUUCCCACCCACAGACAUUACGGGCCAACUCAACUUGUCCGACCCGUCUGUCAGCACGGUGGUGUGAGGCAGAGAAAGAGGGAGAGUUUAACAUAAAGACAUGCUCAUUCUUUAGAGACAAACAAGAUGGAACUAGAGAGGAGCAUUGUAGAACCACUCAUCUGGGUUUCGAACGAUGGAUCCAUCAUGGACGAGAACUACUGAGCCACUUCACCUUUAUGAAGAGCCAGUGGAACCUGUUGGGACUUGAUGGUGGACUGCAGGGAAUGGCAUGCACUGGAGCACUGCGAACACACAGACCAUAUAAACACAUAAACACAUACAACUUUAUAGCUCGAUGCUAAAAUUAAUAUACACUAUCAUUCCAUCCACCAGAACAACUUCUGAAUUAUUUCUUUAUGAUUAUGUAGAAAUAUUUCUUAUUAGUAUUAGCCUAGUACUUAUUCUUACGUUGAUUAAGUGGUUUAAGUAUUGUACAGUAUAAUUUAGAACAAAGAACAAAACUUUUACAUGUCUCAAGGCCAAUUCUAAGGUCAGUAUUAAGAUAAUUAACUAGUUGUAUAAGAUUAAUUAUAGUCAUCAUUUAUAUAUAUUUAUCUUCUAUACAUUUUGUAUUGUUUUACUUGCUUUCUGUUCAUUGUUUUUCAUUCUUUGUCUAUAAAGUCUAUAAAGCGAAAACUCAGCCAGUCAAGCACAUUAUCUGCGCUAUUUCAAAUAUCAUUAUCUUUCAUAUUCUAAAAUCUCUUUGCAUGUAAUUUGCAUGCAAAUUUGUCCCUGAAAGUUUAUGGACAAGAAAAAGUAUACAGUUAAAAUGUUUGAUUUAAGAUGUGGCUUACUGCACAUCAGUUAAUUGCAAACUCUCCUUCAAACUCAACAGUUCUUCCUCUUUAAAGUUCUUAUGCAGUCGUUCUCAACUUCAGUCUGAAGGGUGCAUCAAGGGGCCGAGUUUUUUCAUCCAACUAGCACUUGGUGUCUCAUGCAAAAUCCUCUCUGUGUGUCGUCCCCACAGACGACCUCAGAGACCUUUUACGUGAGAAAACCCCAAGUGUGCCCAUUUAUUUUUGACAUUGGUGCUGUAGUUUCGUAUACACCUAUUAGUUAGAUGGAAAAAACUGGCCCGUUCCCAAGUUCUGGGGUUGAGAAUCAUCAAUAAAAGCUGUACAAAUAAGGACUGCUUACUGUAAAUGUUCACUUAAUGCUAUUUUUAUGACCCAUGGAAAAUCCCCUAUAAGAGUGAUCACCUAUAGCACUUUAAUGUGAAUCUGUCGGAAGCUAUAUGCAUAUGGAGAUUAUGCAAUUUGCCAAAUGUUGAUUGUAAUACUGAUACUUGAUAUGAAAAUGCACAUUUGAGAAUGCGAAAUAUAUUAUAUGUAAAUGUCAGCCGUUUGUUUUUUAACAAAACACUCCUUUUGUAGUUUUCGUAUUUCAAAAGAUUUAGACAUAUUUGUUUCUGAUAUAUAUUAGAGUUAAACUGUGUCAAAUUAGUGCAUACCACAUAUAUCUUCAGUUUACUACUAUUAAGUUACACUACUUUAGGUUUUAGUCUUUUCAAACUGACAGGUGUACAGUAUGUUUUUUCUCAUUGCUUGAGUCAAUGAAUGUGGUUUGUACUUAAGAAGAACUAUGUAUUAUACCUGAUUUCAGGGCAUGUAAACACUGAAUUCAGUUUAUGUUGCCUGGACUGCUAGAUUGCAGAUGACUUUAAGAUGUUGAAAAAAAAGGAGUGUUUUUAUGAGAAACUGUCACACUGUUAAUAUCACACAAACACAAUCGCAUAAAUUACAUCACAUACAGUAACACACAUAUCCUGAGCAUAUCCUAAGUGUUACAUCAUGUUUCAGUUAAUUUUAGAUAUUUCUCCAAAUGAACAAAUGUUUGCAUUUUGAGAAAAAUAUAUAGAAAUAACAUUUCUGUUUGCCAAUAAAUUUGUGCCAUGUCAGUUGCAUACAACAA